ACAAUCCUAGAUAGACACGCGAAGUGAACGUAGGAUCCUAAUCAGCCAACGUUCGCUAUAAUUAUUAGGUAUGUCUCGGAAAAAAAUCCACGAAGAAACAGACAAGCUUACUCGUAUAGCUAUAGUGAAUGCUGAUCGUUGCAAACCCAAGAGAUGUAGGCAAGAAUGCAAAAAAAGCUGUCCCGUAGUGCGUAUGGGCAAGCUUUGUAUUGAAGUUACGCCUAAUGAUAAAAUAUGCACGAUAUCAGAAGAACUCUGUAUUGGAUGUGGUAUAUGUGUCAAGAAAUGCCCAUUUGAUGCUAUAACAAUCAUCAAUAUCCCAUCAAACUUGGAAAAGCAUACUACUCAUCGGUAUUCAAAAAACUCCUUCAAGCUUCAUAGAUUGCCUAUUCCGCGCCCGGGAGAAGUACUUGGUCUUGUUGGCCAAAAUGGUAUCGGAAAGUCUACAGCAUUAAAAAUUCUUGCUGGGAAACAAAAACCCAACCUGGGUAGAUAUAUGGAUCCCCCAGAUUGGCAAGAGAUACUAUCACAUUUCCGUGGCUCUGAGCUGCAAAACUAUUUUACUAAGAUCCUUGAAGAUGACUUAAAAGCUCUUAUAAAGCCUCAAUAUGUUGAUCAAAUUCCAAAGGCUGUGAAAGGAACAGUGGGUCAGUUGCUAGACAAGAAAGAUGAGAGGAAGAAUCAGACUGUAAUUUGUCAAAUGCUUGAUUUAACUCAUAUAAGAAACCGAGAGAUUUCGGCUCUUUCUGGAGGAGAAUUGCAGCGUUUCGCUUGUGCCAUGGUUUGCAUACAAAAUGGUGAUAUAUUCAUGUUUGAUGAACCUUCAUCCUAUUUGGAUGUGAAGCAACGUUUGAAUGCUGCUAGAACAAUUCGUUCCCUCAUACAUCCUGAUAAGUUCAUCAUUGUUGUGGAACAUGACUUAUCAGUUUUGGACUAUUUGUCCGAUUUCAUUUGUUGCUUGUAUGGUGUGCCUGGUGCUUAUGGUGUAGUUACUAUGCCAUUUUCGGUAAGAGAAGGCAUUAAUAUAUUCCUCGAUGGUUUUGUGCCCACUGAAAAUAUGAGAUUCAGAACAGAAUCUCUUGUAUUUAAAGUAGCUGAGUCAGCUACUGAGGAAGAAAUUAAGCGGAUGAACCAUUAUGACUACCCGAAAAUGUCGAAAAAAAUGGGAGAUUUUGAAUUAAAAGUAGUUCAGGGUGAAUUUUCUGACUCUGAGAUCUUGGUACUUUUAGGAGAAAAUGGUACUGGAAAAACGACAUUUAUUAGAAUGUUGGCCGGUAAUCUGGAGCCAGAUGAAGGGGCGAACCAGUUGCCACAGCUCCACAUUAGUUAUAAGCCGCAGAAAAUAUCUCCCAAGUCCCAAGGAAUGGUGCGCAAUUUGUUGCAUGACAAAAUAAGAGAUGCAUAUACACAUCCACAGUUCAUAACAGAUGUCAUGAAACCAAUGAAAAUUGAAGAGAUAAUGGACCAAGAGGUGCAGAACCUGUCUGGUGGUGAACUGCAACGUGUUGCAUUGGUGUUGUGCCUCGGGAAACCAGCGGAAGUAUAUCUCAUUGAUGAACCUUCAGCUUACCUCGAUUCAGAACAACGUUUAGUCGCCGCUAAAGUUAUUAAGAGAUUUAUCCUUCAUGCAAAACGGACAGGCUUCGUAGUGGAACACGACUUCAUAAUGGCCACUUACCUCGCUGACAGAGUGAUAGUAUUUGAAGGAACACCCUCGUCGAUUGCCACGGCGCACGCUCCCCAAUCUCUGCUGAACGGAAUGAAUAAGUUCUUGGAAUUAUUGGGCAUUACGUUCAGAAGAGACCCGAACAACUUCCGGCCGAGGAUUAACAAGCAUUCCUCUGUUAAGGACAUUGAACAAAAGCGAGCUGGGCAAUACUUCUUCUUAGAAGAUUAAAACAAUAAUUGUUAUAUUAUAAAUAAACAUAUUAUUCAUGUAUUAUUAUUAUUGCUUGUAUGAAUAUGUGUCACAAUAAUUAUCAUCUUUGUAUUGAAUGUAUUGCAGUAAUAAAUCCGUUUUAUAUCACUG